CUCCGGACAGGAGAGUCCAAUGCUCUCACAAGGUCAAGUAAAUCAUACCACGGAAAGAACUUGUUGUCUCUCUUCACCAACGUCAAAACAGAAACUGAAAGUCAUUUCACCCGCGCUGCUCACUGUCACGCAGACACCCGGAUUAAAAGCGCACGCACACUGAUCCGAGAAACGUUGACGAUCAACUCUCCAGGCUCGUCAGUGAAGGGGGGAACAGUGAAGUGUCUGGUCUGCUGAGGUUGGUUGAAGAUAACAGAGAUGGACAGCAAUCCAAUGAACAGUGACACCACAAGUCUGACCACAGAAGGACGGCUGAAAGAGGAAGUCAUGAUUGCUCCAGAGGAAGAAAUACCUGAGCUGAUGGAAACUGAAUCAGAGGAAGGGCAUUUUGAUUCGUCUCCACAGUGUCAUGAUAGGCAGACGAUGGAAGGAAGAGGAGAGGAACAACAAGAUGAAGUACCCAUGGGCGUUGAUGUGAACACAGAUCAAGGUGGACAUGGUGGAGCUGGUGUCUCGACUGUGGAUCAUAGUGCAGAUGUCAAUGCCACUCAGAUGACUCCACAACCACCAGGAGAUGAAGAGACGGCAUCAUGCCAGGACGACCAAGGAGGUGACAUUCCCAACAGCACGAAAGAUUUUGCCCUUCUGCAAGGUCAUCAGUUGGACAACUGGACUUCAGGAGCAGAGCAGCCUGGCACAGAACACGGACAGAAGAACGAGCCAGAAGCAGAAACACACGCUGAAGAGAGAACAGAAGGCGAUGACAGUGGAGAGACAGAAGAGAAACGUGAAGAUAGUGGAGCUGCAGAGGUGGACGUGAACACUGGAGCAAGAGAUUUAAAUGAACCAGCAGGUUGGUCACUGACAUCUACCUGCAUCCACGAGAGAGAAGACUGCAGGACGGAGGAUGCCAGUGCAGAAAACAGAGGCAGGACUGUGGUGUUGGGAGAAGCUGGUCUGGUGAAGGCCGAUGGUGAUGAGAAGUGUGAGACAGCACUCCAGAUCACCCACAGUGAAGCUGUAGAGGCAAGCAUGUCUACAAAGCUCGAUCCGUCUGGCGAAGUGGGAAACACCGGUGAGAAGAUCUCAGAAGAGAAUGAAGGAGGGGUGUUGCAUGAGAAAGAGGUUCCCACCACGAUAGACAGCAGGACUGAAGAGAUGAAGACUCCAGUGACACGUAUCGAUGAAAAGGAUCAUGAGGCAGAGAUGAAAUUACAAGAGAGCAGUGGGACACCGACCAGAUCCCAGUCAUCUGUGACCACGCAUCAUCCAUGUUCCCUCCUAACCCAACAACCAUUCGGACGCAAGGCUCUCCUGGAGGAGGAACCUGCAGGUGACAGCAGUAUUGUGGCCCAGGCUGGGAGUGUUGUCACCAGUUUGACCAAUCACGAGUUUGCUUCUGUGGAAGGGAGAGAUGAGAAUGUUCACAGGAACGCACCACAUGAUGCGAUCAAGACACAGAGCGAUCAAAUGAGGGAAACAGCUGUGAAAGUCAAUGAAGCAGAAGAGACACUGAUGCAAACUAGGGGACAGAGAACUGAGGAGAAAGACCAAGCAGAACCCACAUUCAUGAUUCCAGGACUCUCCCCGCAGCAGGAGAAGGAGCAGCAUGAUGAGACUUCACUGCUGGGAGGAGGAAGAAAGAGAAAGAAACAUCCACGUGACUCAUACGAAGCAGAGGAAGAGAAGAGAAGGAUUUUAGCUGCUGAGCCACAAUCACACUAUGGUCUGAGGAACCAAGGAGCCACAUGUUACCUGAACAGUGUCCUCCAGCUCCUUGUCAUGACACCCGAACUCAAACCAAGGCUGGAUUCUGAGAGAGAGUUUGACCAAGAGCUCCAAAAACUCUUUGAGAGCCUUGAGCACAGGGUAUGUGAGACAAGGAACAUCACCAGGCUUUUGGGAAUUCAAAGUGUGUUUCAGCAGCGUGAUGCGGCUGAAUGCCUGGACGAUAUUUUCCAACGACUGAGCCCACAAGCCUCUGAGCUCUUCAGAGCAACUUGGAGAAACUCGACAAGAUGCCUCAGGCAGCAUGACAUCACCACUGAGGACCUCCAGUGUUGGUCUUUGACUCUCCCACUGAUAUGUGAUGAAAACGGCGAAUACAAUGUGAAGGAAAGUGUGUGGAUGUUCUUGAAGCCAAAGUCUCUGAGCGCAAACAACAAGGUGUUCUGCCCCACAUGCUGUGAGAAAACAGAAGCGACACAAGAGCGUGAGCUGCUGAAGUUUCCAGAGAACUUGAUAGUGCUUCUAGUCAGAUUUGAGUUUAAUCCUGACUCCCGGUUCUACAUCAAAUCCCAAUGUGAUGUGCUUGUUCCCACUGCAUUGAAGAUGGAGGACCGCGACUACACACUGUGUGGGAUGGUGGAUCACACAGGGGGUCUGUGGGGAGGGCAUUACACCACCACGGCCGGGUCCAGUCAAAACCAGACCUGGUAUCAGUUCAAUGACUCGUGUGUCACAGAGGUUUCAAAUCCUUGUGAGUCAAAAGAGAGCAUCAGAUCCAAACAUGCCUACCUUCUGAAGUACAGAGGUAAGACACGACACUGCACGUCUGCUGACGGAUCCCGUUUCACCACCUGUCACUCACAUGUGCAGCGACAUCAGCUCCACAGAGCAACAGCAUUGCCAUCAAGGAGGACGAAAAGGAGCCAUCUGGGCGGUUUCCCUGGAUUGUUCUUGGUGUUGGUGUUGGUGUUGGUGUUGGUUUGGCCGUUUUAUGUUCUGUAAAACAUGUCUUUAACAAACGCAUGACUUGGAAGAUUUGGAAGUAGGUGUUUUUCCCGUGCAGUAUAUUGAGACGAAUUUUUAUUCUUGCAAAAAAAAUGUUGCAUCAUUAUUUGCCAGAUCAGCAGGUAAAUGAAAGGUACGGAUAAAAUUCAGACUGCGAGAGUAGUGAGACUUGAGAGGAGUGUUCGUCACACUGGAAUGAUAUUAAUCAAGGCUGUGUUCAUGGCUACAGUAUAAUGGGAUGCAUAUAUUGUAAUGCAUUCUCAAAUGACGUUACACUGUAAAAUCUUUUAAGAUUAAGCUUCAACCGCAAUAAUGUUUUCAUAGUUUGAGAAAUGGAUUGAAAUACUUAAUGACCACUUGCUCUGUUUGUUCUUCUUGUUUGAAUGUGAAUUUGGUGUGUUGUGGGUGGAUCCAUAGAUGUGAUGUGGGAGGAACAAAAAUGCUUGUGGGUUGAUUUGAAGUUUGUCGAAUGUGGUAUCAACAUGCAGCUGUCAGGUAUUGUCUUCUGACUGCAGCAGCCAAAACAAAAGCCUGUCUUUGACCCAAUGUACUGGGCCAGCGAGCACCAUGGGCUCAGCACUGCAGAAUCCACAAGGAGUGCACCUGGAAGACGUCUCGUCGAGAAUGAAAGUGAAAGCUUGACAACUGAUCCAAAGGCGGGUUUCCCCUCAGAGUGUUUUUCCACUGAUUAUGAUAUUGGAUAUGAUUUUAACACCCAAAUGUGUCAACAUGAAUAAUUAAAAUGGAUUAAUGAGAA